CUCUCUCCAAUCCAAACAGAGCCAUGGAGGAAGAGCAACGCCUGGAGCUGAUCAACCUCGCCAUUAGAAGGCUAAUUGACGAAGAGAACAACAACAAAAAAUCCUCUGAUCGGAGCUCCGUCGGCGAUCGCGAUGAACCCGACGACCGGACUCUCCUCCGCAACUUACUCUCUCAGAUUGAAUCACUGAAAGAAGAAGCAGAAUCUGAGGAGGUAGAAUCUGCGGUAGAUACUUGGAAAACAAAAGCUAAAAAUUCUGUUAGAGAGGAAAUUGUUGAUGAUGAGUGUAGUAGUAGAGAAGAAAUUGUUAGAGAGCUGAAGAAGGUGAAGAGGCAAAACCUUGUAACUCACUGUCUUCUCUCAGUGAUGAUUGUGGUCACUGUUGUCUGGCAGCUUUCUGAGGUCUCCAUUAUCUUGAAUAUAAAAGAUAAAAUCAACCAUCCCUUUAGAUCCUUGGGCAGUUUUCUCUCAGGAAUUCUGAAACGCCCUAAAACCAUUGUUGAGAGUACAGAGAAGAAUUCAUCAAAACAAGACCAUGAUGAAACUGCAGUGCUUCCUCAUGUGGAAUUGCCAUAAUUUUGGAUUUGAUGGUGCAGAAAAUUGAUUGUUCUUAACCAUGAAAGGAGAUGGGGAACAGAGAGUGAGGUUUUCAAAUGCUGAUGAUGAAGAAACAGGGAGAGAUUUGCUUGGAGGAAUCCCCACCAUUGUGUAAUUAUUAAAUUUGUUUUGUUUUGGUGAAACUUUUUUGGCUUUGCAAUUUAGGGGUCAGAGAUUUAUUUUUGUGAUGUAAAGUUCACAAGAACAGAAUAAAGAGCCUUUUGAUCGUAACCCCUUUUUUUUUCUUCUCCUUUUGGGGAAAUGAGUGCUUAGUUUUCAAUUCCAUGUCUUUUGUUUGUUCUCUAUAUCUAAAAAAGUUGUUUUUGAAGUUUGCUUUAAA